CACAUUGUCUCACCGCAUAUAACAACAUUUCUAACAUUUCGUAAUUCCUAUUUUAUCCUUCUCUCCAAAAACAACACAUCAAAUUCUCCGUUUAGUUUUCCGAUGACGGCCACACUCAGCCUCACCGUUCUUCCCUCCGUCAGGCCAUUUCGCUUCGCGGACGACUGCUCCACCUCCGCCAGGUUUCAUCGUAAGCCGAGUUCCGUUUGCGCAAAUCGCCGCCGUGUUUCAGUCAGAGCCGUUGCGGCGGUAGUCGAGACGCGGCGGCCGGCGACGAGUCUCUACGAGGUACUACGACUGGAACCAGGCGCAUCUAUGACGGAAAUUAAAUCAGCUUACCGGAGUCUAGCGAAGGUUUACCAUCCCGAUACGGCGGCGCGUCGGUUGCCGGAGUGUGACGACGGAGACUUCAUUGAGAUACGCAACGCUUACAAGACGUUGUCUGAUCCAUCGGCGAGAGCUAUUUACGAUCUGUCACUGAUGGCGGUGCACGGCGGAAGGAACCGGCGGUUUACAGCGCCGGCGACGCAGAAACGGUAUUCGGGAUAUUAUACGAGCAGGAGAUGGGAAACGGACCAAUGCUGGUAGAGAGCGUUUAAUUUGCUUUGAUUAUUAACAAAGAAUUUAAAUAAGAAAUCAAAACCGUUGGGAAAAAAAAAUUAGGGUAUUAGAAAGAGAGAGUAACGAAGUUUUAAAUUAGUAACAUUAGCUAGAGAGCAAAGUGAAAAAACAAAACAAAAAUUAUGUAAAUUCUGUUAGUUUUUUUAGAAUGUAAAUGCCUUUACUUUUCCUUUAUUUCAA